UAUGGACGAUCUUUGCGAAGAAUUCUGCAGUCGAUUGCGCUGCUUGUCGCCCAAUUUUCAAGCUGAAAGAUACCAGGACGAUAAUUUCGAAACUUUUACAUCAGUUGAGCAGAUUGAAGUUGAAAGCUCAGUUGAAAAAUGUAUUCAGGUUAUCAAAAAUCUAUUAGAUGUGGAUCCAAAGUGUCCAACAUUACAACGGGAGAAACAUGUACAAUUUUUGAAGAAAGGUUUGAUUCAUUUGCCAGCGUCACUUGAAGUGUUAGAUGCAAGUCGGACAUGGCUCUGUUAUUGGAUAUUGCAUUCUAUUCAGCUGUUGGAUGAACCAGUUACAGAAGAAACAAAAUUUCAUGUCACUAAGUUUCUCCAGAAAUGUCAGCAUCCAGAUGGUGGCUUUGGAGGUGGACCAGGGCAGGAAGCACACUUAGCUCCAACAUAUGCAGCUGUUAAUGCCCUAUGUAUUUUAAGGACUACAGAAGCAUAUAAUGUUAUAGAUAGAGAAAAACUUCUGAACUUUCUACUAAGGAUGAGAAAGCCAGAUGGUUCUUUUGUAAUGCAUGAAGGAUCUGAAAGUGACAUUAGAGGAGUAUAUUGUGCUCUUUCUGUUGCUAAGUUAACUAAUAUUUGGUGUCCUGAACUUAUCAAAGGAACUGCUCAUUGGGUAUCAAGGUGUCAGACUUAUGAAGGAGGUUUUGGUGGUGUUCCUGAUAUGGAGGCUCAUGGUGGUUAUACAUUUUGUGGCUUUGCCUCUCUCGUACUUAUGGGCCAGGAAAAUGUAAUUAAUAUAAAUAAUUUAUUGAGAUGGCUUGUUCAUAAACAGAUGAAAUAUGAAGGAGGUUUUCAAGGUAGAACUAAUAAACUAGUUGAUAGUUGUUAUUCAUUUUGGCAAGGAGGAAUUUUCCCCCUCAUUCAUAGAGCACUCUGUUUGACUGAGCAUCAGACGUUGAGUUCUGAAAAUUGGUUAUUUAACCAAGAAGCAUUACAAGAAUACAUAUUAAUUAACUGUCAGUUUCCUCAUGGUGGGCUAAUAGAUAAGCCUGGAAAAAAUAAAGACUAUUACCAUACAUGUUAUUCCUUGAGUGGUUUGUCUGUGGCUCAACAUUUUGCAAGCGGUCACAUUGGUAAAAUCAAAGUAAUUGGAGAUGAAGAUAAUGAGCUUUGUCCAACACAUCCAGUAUAUAAUUUAUGCUUUCAGAGUGCUUUGCAAGCUAUUCAGCACUUCAAAAGUCUACCAGUCCCUGAUUUACCUGAAAAAUUCAAGAAUGAAACUUUAUAGAACAUUUUAUAAAAUAAUUAAAAACAAUUUACUUCAUUAAUUAGAAGAAUUUUUGAUCUUACCUGUAAUAAGUACAAUAUGCAAACCAUAUCUUCAAACUAUUUUCUUUGCAAAAAUAUUUAAAUGCUACAUAAUACAAUUUUAUGUAGAAUUUUUGUUUCAUCCUUCAACUUAUAUAUCAUUUCCCGAUUCUCGGACCUGUUCCUCGGUCAUUAUAUAAAUUUUGAUUUAGUAUUCAACAAAUGAUCUGUACAAUUGGCACAAAUUGCACCUAAUUUUAUAUAGUGAAUAUUGAAAAAGUUGGUUUUAAAUCAUAAAACCAGCG